CUGCCCUCCGCGGCAUCCCGGCCCUGGUUUCCUUCACGCUGCUUGGGCUACGCCUACGUAUUAUUCCUCUUCCUCUUCCUCUUCCUCUACCUCUACCCUCGUUUCUCCGCCUGUCCGCACUUUCCUCUAGAGCGCACCUCUUCUCGACCCCCUAAGCUCAUCGUCAUGGGAGUAGGAGCAGUUCUCGAGCCGCUGGUUGUGAUCGUCCUUCUCUUCGGAGGCACCUGGAUCAACAGAACCAGCGGGUCCUUCCCUGCGCGCAGAACUCGUCGCAAAUCAUUCAUCACCUCGCGGGGUUCCUCGCCUGAUGUGAUAGAGUCCGGAGUAUCAACACCAACCACAAAGGAUGGGUUGCUACCUCGUCGGCUGUCAUCCUCCUCGUCGCUUUCACAAGCCGGGCAAAGUGGAUGGCGCAAGCGGCAGGUUGGCAUCUUUUCGUCUGUAUUCGAGGUCACCACCCCGGACACUGCCGUUUUCCAUGAUCGCCUCCUGAGUCGCCUGCUCCGCAAGUUCCCGUUCCUGGUCGAAUGCUGGUACUGGGCGUUGGUGUACUGGACAUACCAACUGGGUCGGGCUUUCACUGCCGUCACACUCCAAGAAGGCACAGUUGACGUGGCGAGGAAACAUGCGCUGGAGCUGAUCCAGAUCGAAGAGGCGCUGGGGCUGUUUUUGGAGGUUCCGAUCCAGCGGUUCUUCCUCCGACAUCCCCAGCUGAUGACUUGGACCAACUGGCUUUAUUCGUUUAUCCACAUCCCGGGGACCAUCGCCUUCCUCGUCUGGCUCUACUACUAUACCACCACCACCACCUCCUCCUCCUCCAGGAACCGAUUCGAUGAGUCGCAGCCAGGCAAGCCGCGCGGGCUCAGGAGCGGCUCUCCCGCCGGCCCACGCCUGUAUCAAGCCCGGCGCCGAACCCUGGCCGUGUGCAACUUGCUCGCCUUUGUAGUUUUCACGCUGUGGCCCUGCAUGCCGCCUCGUCUGCUGAGUGACAAAGACGCGCAGGGGCCGGAUGCCGCGCUCGGCCGAAGCUAUGGCUUUGUCGACACGGUGCACGGCGUCAACGGAGCGGGCAGCGUCUGGACCGAAAACCGCUUCUGCAACCAGUAUGCCGCCAUGCCCUCCUUGCAUUUUGGCUACUCCCUCAUGAUCGGACUCACCAUCAUGACCAUCCCGCUGCCGCCACAUCACCGUCGGCGUUCGCGCCUGGCCCUUGGCUCCUUCGGCGUGCAGAUUCCAUCGUGGCGCCGACUGGUCUGCCUGGCUGUCGGGUUCUCCUACCCAUUCACCAUCCUGGCCGCCAUUGUCGCAACCGCGAACCAUUUCAUUCUGGACGCUGUGGCCGGUGCCAUGGUAUGUGCCAUUGGGUGGAAGUUCAACGGCAUCCUGCUAAACCUGCUGCCCGUGGAAGACUACUUCCUCUGGGCGCUUCGCAUCCACAAGCCGGUGCCGACGGCGGCGGCGGAGGAGGAGAGUGACGAUGUCGAUGGAUGGCUUGAUGACGGGAUGCCCGAGCCAACGGCCCUUCCCUGGUAAAUCAGGGCUCGUCCCUUCGUCCCUUCGUCCCUAUUCUGCAGACCCCCAUGAUACCCUUUCAUGUUGAUGAACCUGCCAUGCCCCCGAUGAAUAUCUCUUACCACGAUGCAUGUAUGCGACGGUCG